CAGGCAGUGGCAGUGGCAGUGGCCACUCCCUCCUCACAUCAUCAGUCUCUUUCCUUCCUCUCCCAUCCAUUUUGUUCAAAUCCCCAGACAUCCCUACACUACACCACACGCUCGCUCGCUGUAGGAGGGAGGGAGGGAGAUAGUGCCUUGACCAUAUGGACAACAGCAAUGGGAUGGCCAAAGAACUGGCUGGUUUCUUGAUAAAACAUUAUACCGAGCAGCUGCACUCCAUCAUUCUCUCUCCUGAUCCACGCCUUCACUAUCCUCUACUUGUUGAUUUUGCAGAGCUACUAGAUGACAACCCAACCCUUGCUCAUCUUCUUUUCUCCCAUCCCGCUGAAUAUUUACUCGUUUUUGACGAAGCUGCUAUCUGGGCUCAGAAAGUGAUAUUUAAGGAUUUGAAGCAAUGGGACAAUGCAAGUGUGAAGGAUUAUGUUCAUGUUCGAAUUAAUGUCAGUGGUUCUCCUCUCGAAUGCCCUGAAACUUUUCCAAGUAUUGGACGAGUGAGAGUGAAACACCGUGGGAUACUUCUCACCCUUAAAGGGACUGUAAUUAGGUCUGGAGCAAUUAAGAUGAUUGAAGGAGAAAAGAUUUAUGAGUGUCGCAAUUGUAAACACAGGUUCAAAGUUUAUCCUGAGGUGGAAACUAGAAAUGUAAUUCCCAAGCCGACCAUCUGUCCCUCUCAGAGCUCUAAGUUUUGUGAAAGCACAAGGUUUAAUCUUAUAGAAGACAACAAGAUAUGUCACGAUUACCAAGAGAUUAAAAUCCAAGAGAACGCUCAAGUAUUAGGUGUUGGGGCUAUUCCUCGUUCAAUUCCAGUCAUUUUGAAGGAUGAUCUAGUUGACACGGUGAAAGCUGGAGAUGAUGUGAUUGUCACUGGAGUAUUGACGGCAAAAUGGUCACCUGAUGUAAAGGAUGUCCGCUGUGACCUUGAUCCUAUCUUAGUUGCAAACUACGUAAGGAGAAUGAAUGAAGUCAAGUCAGGGAUAGAUAUCCCAGAUGAUGUCAUUAUGAAAUUCAAACAGUUCUGGCUAGAUUUUAAAAAUGCCCCAUUAAAAGGUAGGAAUGCCAUUCUACGCGGUAUCUGCCCACAAGUUUUCGGGCUCUUCACUGUAAAGCUUGCAGUGGCUCUGACACUAAUUGGAGGUGUCCAACAUGUUGAUGCUUCUGGGACGAAAGUCCGCGGAGAGUCUCAUUUGCUUCUUGUGGGAGAUCCUGGCACUGGGAAAUCUCAGUUCUUAAAAUUUGCUGCAAAGUUAAGCAACAGAUCUGUAAUUACUACUGGGUUGGGAAGCACAAGUGCUGGAUUGACUGUUACUGCAGUCAAGGAUGGAGGGGAGUGGAUGCUUGAAGCUGGUGCCCUUGUAUUAGCAGAUGGCGGUCUUUGUUGCAUAGAUGAAUUUGAUAGCAUGAGGGGGCAUGACAGAGCAACCAUUCAUGAGGCUAUGGAGCAGCAGACUAUAAGUGUUGCCAAGGCUGGUCUUGUUACAACUCUCAGUACAAGGACAAGUGUCUUUGGUGCAACAAACCCAAAGGGACAGUAUGAUCCUGAUGAAUCUCUGUCCGUCAAUACAACACUCUCUGGACCCUUGUUGAGCAGAUUUGAUAUAGUUCUAGUCCUCUUAGAUAAAAAGAACCCCGAAUGGGAUGCAGUUGUUUCGUCUCACAUCCUUGCUGAGGGAGAAAAGGAGAAUGACAAUUGCAAUGAAGAUCUGAAAAGCACUUGGCCUUUUCCCAUGCUUAGAAGGUACAUCCACUUUGUUAAAAGAAACUUUAGACCUGUUCUCUCAAAGGAGGCUGAAAAUGUUAUUUCACGCUAUUUCCAACUUCAAAGAAGAUCUGCAACUCAAAAUGCAGCAAGGACCACCGUUCGCAUGCUGGAGAGUUUGAUACGACUUGCUCAAGCACAUGCAAGGCUGAUGUUUAGAAAUGAGGUUACACGACUAGAUGCCAUUACAGCAAUAUUAUGUAUUGAAUCAUCCAUGACUACAUCAGCUAUAGUGGAUAGCGUUGGAAAUGCAUUGCACUCCAAUUUUGCAGAAAAUCCUGAUGAAGAAUAUGCCAAGCAGGAAAUGCUGAUCCUUCAGAAGCUGUGCAUAAUUGAUGAAUUCCCUGACUUGAAAAGUAACCUCCAAUGAUAAAUUUGUGCAUGAUUGGUAAAUGAGAGGACCAGCAUGGAAACACCUCUGUGUUCUGUCUCGACUGCAGAAAAGGUUUGUACUCUUUCAGCUUCUGAUGUGUGGGGCAGUAGCUGGAUGAGAAGAGCUGGUUAACUAUUCACUUGAAGAUAGAGUUGAAAGUAGCAGUUCAAAAUUCAGCUAGUUAUAAUUGCUCACCUGUGUGAUGGAUAAUAAAUAAUUCUCUGUUUCAGUGACCAACUUUGCAGUUUCUGGUGAUAUGCUAGUUAA